GAAAAGGGAAAAAGGGAAAAAAAAAAAAUCAAAACCGGGGAAAGAGGAAAAGGAAGAGGGCAGAGCGCACGGACCGCGUCCCGCUCCCAGCAUGUUCCAGUGGAGGAAGACCAUCUACAAAACGGUCUGCCUGUCCUUUCUGCUGGUGAUCACGGUGACAGUGCUGCAGCGGGGAAUGGCCCCCAGCCAGUUCCUGCAGGGCCAGCAGCAGAAGGAACUGCCUACACCGGAGCCCCUAAAAACACAGAAGAGAGACAGCGCCUUCUCCAUCACCAGCACCUUCUGGAAAAGCAAAAAGGAAAAAGCUCCAGGCAAGGAAGAGGAGGGAGGCAUGACAGAGAGGCAGAUGAAAUCAUGGGACAUCACCACUACCAACUGCUCGGCCAACCAGAACUUGAGCAAAGUGGACUGGUUCAAAGGGCUGGAGCCCAACUUCCAGCAGUUCCUGCUCUACCGGCACUGCCGCUACUUCCCCAUGCUCAUCAACCACCCCGAGAAGUGCAGCGGGGACGUCUAUCUGCUCAUCGUGGUCAAGUCCAUCAUCACGCAGCACGACCGCCGCGAGGCCAUCCGGAGGACGUGGGGCAAGGAGAAGGAAGUGGAGGGCAAGAAGAUCAGGACGCUCUUCCUAUUGGGCACGGCCUCCAAGGAGGAGGAGAGAGCCAACUACCAGAAGCUGCUGGAUUACGAGAACCACAUCUAUGGGGACAUCUUGCAGUGGGAUUUCCUGGACAGCUUCUUCAAUCUCACGCUCAAAGAGGUCCACUUCUUGAAGUGGUUGAACAUCUACUGCGACAACGUCCGCUACAUCUUCAAAGGCGACGACGACGUAUUUGUGAGUCCCGACAACAUCCUGGAGUUCCUGGAGGACAAGAAGGAGGGAGAGGACGUCUUUGUGGGGGACGUCCUCUACAAAGCCAGGCCGAUCCGGAAGAAGGAGAACAAGUACUACAUCCCCAGUGCUCUCUACAACAAAAGCAUCUACCCGCCCUAUGCGGGUGGUGGAGGCUUCGUCAUGGAUGGACCAUUGGCCAAGAGGCUGCACAAGGCCUCGGAGACGCUGGAGCUGUACCCCAUUGAUGAUGUUUUCCUAGGGAUGUGCUUGGAGGUCCUCAAGGUAUCACCCGUUGGGCACGAGGGCUUUAAAACGUUUGGCAUCGUGAAGAACAAGAACAGCAAGAUGAACAAGGAGCCGUGCUUUUUCCGGAGUAUGUUAGUGGUUCAUAAACUGUUGCCUCCAGAUUUGAUCCAAAUGUGGGACUUGGUGCACAGUAACUUGACGUGCUCAAGAAAACUCAAUGUCCUUUAGCUCAUUCUCUCUGGAGAGCUGGGACUGAGUGGGGACACAAGAAGUGGGACGCAAUGAGCCUCUGCUUGUGGCAUGGGCAAGGCUUGUGAUGGUGGUUGUUCCUGUACUGUAAUGUGGUUUGCCUAUCUCCAGCUGGGUUGGGGGUUGCUGAAAAUGAAGAAAAAAAAAAAAGAGAAAUCCUAGCACAAAGUGGGAAGGGAGAGAAAAAGAGGUCUGUGCCCUGCAAUAGAUACCACGUCCAGGUGGGGCUGGGGGAGGCAGGAGGGGAUUUGUGCUGGAUGUUUUGGGUCUGGCUACCCAGGAAAGCUGCUCCAAGGGGGUCAGACGUCUACGUGCACAUGAACGCUGCUCAGAAGCAAAGGGGAUUGUAUUUGUACCUGAAACGCCUCCUCCACGGUGUGUCAUCUGGGGGGACACAGGGUGGGCACACCCUGCCAUCACCAAGUGCAGGGUUGAACUCCCACGUGUCCCUGUGUGCUGUGAAUGUGCACAGCCACAUCCACAGCCCUGAACACGCACGGCGAAACGCGCACAUGUGUGUGCUUGCUCUCUUCUCUCUCUCUCUCCUCCUCUGGUGCCAGACUUUAAAAGGAAAAAAUUUCUACUACCUCAAAGGUCCCCCUGUGCAGUGCCUUUUUUUUCCCCCCCUCCUUUUCCUAAUGUGUUUUGGAAAAGUGCCUGUUUCAUUCACUCCAAGUCUGUAUGUUCCUCAGGUUAGAAAACAAACAAGAAGGGGUGUACAGCAGCCAAAGGAGGCACUGUGUGCCAAGCCACACCACUUCUCUGCAAAUGUCCUUCGUCUGCUGGGAUGAGCUGCAGAUUUGAAGGGAAGAGAAAGAGCCCAUUUGUCCCCCAGGCUUGGCUAUUGGUGACGGCACAGGGGGCUAAAUGAUGGUGUUUGGUGAUGUUCCAUUGAUUUAUUAGGUGUCCAAAGGAGCCACAGCCCUGGGUACCUGCAGGGCCCGAAGGCACCGCUGGGCACAGGGCUGCUGUUCUCCAUCCUCUGGGGGGUUCACCUGGGGCACUUCCUGAGGUGACACCUCUGUCAUUCGUGUGGGGUACAGCUGUGUGCUCAUCCCAUCCAUGGGACGGGGCACAGAGCAGCACGCAGAGAUCUGUCAGUGCUGCUCUUCACCUGGAGGGAAACGGGAACUGCAUAGAUUCGGUGAAUAACUUAGUUUUGGAAAUAAAGCUUAAAA